CGUAAACCCGGAUGUAAAAUUUUCUACAGCACUAGCUGAUAAACAAAUGGGUUAGCCUGCAUUCGCCUUACAUCUGAAUGCCUGGACCUUAAAAAUAAUAGAAAAAAAUCCCAUAUAGGAACAUGUGGCAGUCAGGCAAGGGGUCGCUGCUUUAAUAAUAUUGUUCAAUUAAACAGCUACAGAAGGCACGGGUUAGAGGGAGAAGAUUGUAUGAUUUUUAUUAGGCUGUGGGCUUUGGGAUGGAUUUUCCAACUAAAAAGUAUGAACGCGGGAGCAACUGGUCCGAGCCGGAGGUGGUGGAGCUUUUACAGCUCUGGUCGGAUCAAGCGGUCCAACUGGAGCUGGAGAGCUGCCUCCGCAACCAGCACGUUUUUAACCGCAUAGCCGUUGCGCUGCAUGACCGAGGCAUCUAUCGCACCGCGGACCAGUGCCGAGAGAAAAUCAAGAAGCUGAAGCUCGAUUACCGGCGCAUGAAGGAGAACCAACAGACGCCGCGCGGUGCAAGAGCGCGCAGGUUUUACGACGUGAUAGAUCGCGUGCUGAGCAGCCGCACCGCCGCCUCUUCCUCCUCCUCCUCAUCAUACUCGGCUCUGUGGGGGAAUGCUGGAGUGCACCACCAGGCGGGCCCGGGCUCCUCCAGCUCCGCCUUCACAUUCAGCUGUCCGCCCAAAGCGGGCGAGCUCAUGGAGAUAAAACUAGAGGAGCUGAACGCGGACGGUGAGGAGGAGCUGCUGAGUGCUGAGGAUCCGCUGUGCUCGGAGGAAGAAGCGGAGGCGGACUGUAAAUCAGCCGGAGCCGACACUGAGGAUCCCGGGGAGCGGGGAGGGGAGUGUGCUGCUCACGCGGGGUGGUCUCCUUCAGGUUUUAGUGACCAUAAUGUGGCUGGCUCAUCCGGUGCAGCUGUUUCUCCAGUAGCAGUUCCUGUGCCCAGUGUAGAUAGAUGCAUCCAGGCUGACCUGCAACAUCCUAAAUAUUCCAGUAGGUUCCGUCAGAGGAAACGUCGUCGGGCAGUACGAGCAGGCAGUGGUGGGAGGUUACUAGAGAAAGCACUGGCAAGUUUCAUAAACUGGCAGCGAGUCAUGGAGGAAAGAUAUAUAUCUUUGGAGGAGAUGAGGCUACAUCAGGAUGCACGGGCUGAGAGACAGAGGCAGCAUCAGGAAGAGAGACGGGUUCAUCAGGAAAGAGAGCAUGAGCUCCGUCUCGUUUCCUUACUCACAGGAGCCUUCAAUACAGCCAGAGGGACAGCAGAGCCGAGAAGCAGCAACACCGAAACCUCUGCCCCCAGUGCAACAGUGUCAGAGCAGACAUUGCUUUCUGUGCCUCCUCCGCUUCCACCUGACCCUCUCACAUUCCCCACUGUACCCAGAAUACUGCAGGAAGAUCACUCUGUUGAUCAGGGAAUGAGCAACACAAUGAUCCUUGACUCCACUGCAGUCGCAUCUGUGCCUCCCCAGUCCCCAUUUGUACCCAGCAUGCUGAGAGAUAAUCAGAGAGCUGAUGAGGGAAACACCAGCACCACAACCUCUGACUGCAGUACAACAGCAUUUGAUAUAGCAACUUUAUCUGUGCCUUUCAGUUCUUCAGGUCCAGGUCCUGGCCCUUCCACACUCCCCUUUGUACCCAGUAUGCUACGGGGUGAUCAGACACCCCAGUACAGCAAGUUUUUGUCCUGCAGGGGUAACAGGAUCCGACAGCACCAGGGAAUUCUGCAGGAAGGCUACACACAGUACUAUGCCAACAAGCAUGAUGAGAAUAGUAACCCUGAGGGCAUUAUAAAUUUGGGAACAAGCGAGAACAAGUUGUGCUUUGACCUUCUGCAGAAACGGCUGACACAGCCUGACAUGCUCUAUGUGGAUCCUUGUCUGCUGCAGUACUCCGACUGGAGGGGUCAUCAAUUCCUAAGAGAGGAAGUAGCAAAGUUCCUGUCAGAGCACUGUCACGCACCGAGGCCACUAAGAGCCAACAAUGUGGUUGUGAUAAAUGGCUGUAGCUCUCUUUUUUCUGCUAUAGCAGCUGUGCUUUGCGAUCCUGACGAUGCAAUCCUCAUCCCAACCCCUUUUUACGGUGUGAUCACCGAAGAUGUUGAUUUGUACAGCAGUGUGAAGCUUUACUGUGUUCCUCUCGACAGUGAGCCCAGCCAAAAUGAUGACAGGCCGUUUCACCUCACUGCCGAAAAACUGGAGCAUGCUCUCCAGAAAGCAAAGAAAGAGGGAGUGAAACUAAAAGCAAUCAUUCUGAUGAACCCCCACAAUCCUCUGGGGGAGAUCUACACCUCUGAAGAGAUGAUCAGCUUUCUAAACUGUGCCAAGAGGCAUGAGCUGCAUGCUAUUGUGGAUGAGAUCUACAUGCUGUCUGUGUUUGAGGGCUCCUUUAACAGUGUCCUAAGUCUAGAGAGGUUACCAGACCCUCAGAGGACUCAUGUGAUGUGGGGAAUUAGCAAGGACUUUGCCAUGGCUGGCAUGCGUUUGGGUACAUUAUAUUCUGAGAACAUUGAUUUAAUUGAGGCCCUUGUUCAGCUGGGAUGUUUUCAUGGAGUUGCAGGACCAACACAGCACCAGGUGUCUCAGCUGCUAAAGGAUCGAGAUUGGAUGAAUAAGAUGUUUCUCCCUGAGAACAGACGCAGGCUGCAGGAGGCUCACCAAUACAUGUCUACUCAGCUAACAAGGCUUAACAUUCCCUACCUCCACAGGGGUGCUGGCCUCUUUAUCUGGGCCGACUUCAGCAAGUAUCUUAAGGAGCCCACAUAUGCAGAGGAGCUGCGUGUAUGGAGGUGCUUUCUGAAACACCGGUUGUUGCUGAGCUGUGGUCAGGCUUUUAGCUGUUCUUCACCAGGAUGGUUCAGAAUCGUCUUCUCUGACCAGCGCCACCGCAUCCAACUCGCUCUUUUCACAGGCCUAGAAAGAAUCAAAGAGACUAUAGAGGAACUUCAGUGCUCCAGCCACAUGACUGAUUGUGAGAACACAAAAGCUGUAAAACAAGAUGACGACAGAGAAACACAGAAGAAUAGCCAGACAGAGGACGAAAACAACAAAGACGCUUCCAAAAAUACAACAAUCAAUGCCUUCAAUACAACAAAAGUGCAUUUAGAAAGCAAUGGUGCUCUGGCUGAAAGCUUGUUAUUGGCUGAUGAGGAGGUUCAGGUUAACAGCUACCAAACAGUUGCAGACUCGGAGAGUUUGGACUCGCUAAUAGGAGCACUGCGACAGCAAAUCCACUCCUCUGAUUGGCUAGAGAAGAACAGACCGAAACUGGCCGAGGGAGAAGACCCAACACAAGCUGAGGUGUUUAAAGAUCUCUUGGAUAGAGCCAGAAUGUAACAAAGACUGCAAAUCCAAAUCCAGAGGUCUCAUAGCGGCCUUUGGAUCUUCCAAAUGUCAGAGAGAUGACUUGAAAAGACAAUUUGCAUUCAAGAAAAACUCCACCAUGUGACUCAUACGCUGCUGAUCUUUUUGAGCAGAGCCUACAUACGAGGAGAUGAGAAAGCUGGACAGACUAAAGGACUUGCUGUAUCGUUCUCUUUAGGUAGAGAUUAAAUAAGAGCUAAAUCCUGCUGCAAUCACUUUUAGCAGGUAUUAUCCUGAACAACAUUGUGGGGUAAUAUAAAAUAAACCACCAUGUCGAUAAAAGAAGUUUUAGCAAAAAUUUGAUUACAAAAUAAAUCUUGGACAUUGAUGAAUAAAUAUACUGUAUAUAAAGAUUAUACUAUACAGCUGUUCAGGGUGAAUUUUUCCUCUUUCAUAUUCUGCUCUUUUUCUCUUGAAAGUUCUUUAGCUCUUUAUUUGUAGUAUAUUUUUGCUAAUAUCAUGAUGAUCAAUAUAAAUUCUUCACUAAAUAUCAUGUUGAAAUAAAGAAAAGCUACUCUUUAAAA